AAUUCUGUGUCAACUUAGCAACAUUGUCACAUGUGGCCUAGCACUGUAUGUAGCGGUGGCUAUCGUGCAUUGGCACUGUAAAAUAUAAAUAAAUAGCCGGCUCAUUCAUUCCGCUAUGCCUCCAAAGAAACCUGCUCCAGCCGUGGGAAAUAAAAAGACCCAAGAGAAGAAGAAGGAAAAGAUAAUCGAGGACAAGACAUUUGGGUUGAAAAACAAGAAGGGAGCCAAACAACAGAAGUUCAUAAAGAAUGUCACUCAUCAAGUCAAGUCUGGCGGUCCACCAGGCGCUAAGGGCACAGAGGUAGGGAAAAAGGGAGACAAGAAGAAGGAGUUGGAGGAGCUGAACGAGCUGUUCAAGCCUGUGGUGGCUGCUCAAAAGGUUUCCAAAGGUGUGGACCCCAAGUCGGUGCUCUGUGCCUUCUUCAAGCAGGGCCAGUGCACCAAGGGAGACAAGUGUAAGUUCUCUCAUGACCUGACCCUGGAGAGGAAGUGUGAAAAACGCAGCCUGUAUGUGGACGAGAGAGAUGACGAGCUGGAGAAAGACACCAUGGACACCUGGGAUGAGAAGAAGCUGGAGGAGGUCAUCAACAAAAAACACGGAGAGGCGGAGAAGAAGAAAGCAAAAACUCAGAUUGUGUGCCGCUACUUCCUGGAUGCCAUAGAGAACAACAAGUACGGCUGGUUCUGGGUGUGUCCUGGGGGGGCGGACGUCUGCAUGUACCGCCACGCUCUCCCGCCCGGCUUUGUCCUGAAGAAGGACAAGAAGAAGGAGGAGAGGGAAGACGAGAUCUCCCUGGAGGAGCUGAUAGAGAAUGAGCGUUCAGCCCUGGGAGCCAACGUGACUCGCAUUACGCUGGACACCUUCCUGGCGUGGAAGAGGAGGAAGAGGCAGGAGAAGGUGGCAAAGGCGGAGGAGGACAUGGAGAAGAAGAAGGCCGAUUUCAAGGCCGGGCGCUCGUUUGGGGUGAGCGGUCGCGAGGUGUUCGAGUUCCGUCCCGAGCUGGUGGACGACGACGACGAGGAGGCGGACGACACGCGCUACGCCCGGGGAGACGACGAGGACGAGGACGACGAUGCAUCAGAGGAGGUGGAAAACACUGGCGAGUUCCAGGACAUAGACCUGGCCCGCUUCGUUCCUCAGGAGGUAGACAACACAGGCAUCACCGUGGCAGCGGUGGACAGAUUCACCUCCAAGCGCCGACCGACACAGGAAACAGAUGAUGACCAGAUGAACGGAGCGUGUGGGGGAGAGGAGAACGGUCUUCAUGGGGACGAGGAUGAGGACGAGGAGGUGGAGCAGGAGGACGUUCCUGUAGAUGAGAACCUGUUCACAGAAGACCUGGAUGAGCUGGACGAGGAGCUCAACACACUGGACUUGGAUGAUUGACCUGACCAGCUGCCUGACUUGACUUGGUUGACUCCCUGACCAAUUGACGAGUUGACUGACUUCAUGGAUUGACUGACUGACUUACUGGCUGGCUUACUGACUUGCUGGCAUAAUCGAGGAUUGUAGAGCACCCCUCAUGGACUAUGAAUGAGCAAAGAGAGAGAGAGAGAGAGAGAGAGAGAAAAAAAAAACUUAACUAAAGAGAUUCACAAUAAACAUGCUGAUGAUCACAUCCUGUUGUUACUGCUUUGUCCUUUACUCCUCCCCCUCCCCUAUGACUCACAGUCUCGCUCUCACCCCUUUGAUGCCUCCCCCUGUACCCCACUCUCACCCCUUUACUGCCUCACCUAUACCCCAAUCUUACCCCUUUACUACCUCCACACUGUACACCACUCCCAUAUUGGUCCCCCACCCUCACCCUCCUUCAGAGGGUUUAGUCUUUGAGAUGUCUUGUGUUGAUAAUUAGUACCAUGUGCGGUCUUCUGUGCUCUCCUCUCCUUUGUAUAUUUUCCUUUACAGAGAAAACAUGGCUUAGCAAAUAUAAAUCAUGAUUUAACGAUCCUGAGGGCUGAGACCAUUAGACAUGAUGUAGACACCCUUCUGAUGGAUGUUAAUGAUUAUAUCUGAUUAUGGGGGCGGGGAAGAUGUCAUUCUAGAAAGGCGGGGUUAGAGAGAUAGAUGAUUGCGAUUUCAAUGUUGUGUGGAUGUGCCAAGAACAACUACCAAGGAAUGCCAGAGUGGUCCCUGCGUCGAAUUCCUUAAGCUGUAGCUCACACGGUCCAGUCUCGCGGGCAUCACCAAAUAUAGCAGCCUGGGCGUCAUUACGUCACUGCACCUAAACUAUUCAUUUUAGAUCCCUAGUUAACAUGCAUCUGACCCGAGAAAAAUAGACGUGAAGCUGACCCACCACAAGACAACAUAUAUGUUAAGUUAAAUAUGCGUAAAUAAUGUUUCCUGAGAACUGUAAACCAGCCGUGUGUUCUAUUCAUUGUUUUUAGAAAUAUAAUCGAAUUACUGUGAGUCGCUCUGGAUAAGAGUGUCUGCUAAAUGACUAAAUGUAAAUUUGUACAAUUUAAUAGCAAUUUCACUUUCCCUUCUCUGGAUAGUGAACGAUGUAAAUGUGGAAUAUGUAGGCUACUACAAUUCCCACUUCCCUCUGAGUGGGUCACUUGGUUUUGGAUUUACACUUUCCAGGAGUGACGUCUGGCCAAGCCCAAGCAUAAAUAAUGUACAUUGUGCAUCUCGGCACACCACCGGGUUAUCCGGGCAACCUAAUCGAGAAUCAUUUUAGCAUUCCCAGCUACACUCAGAGAACUGCGUUAGAAAACUGUUAGCCUCGGGACCUGACAUGGCAGCACCAAACAAAACAGCAGUAUGCGCGGUAGUGUCUUGAUGACACAUUCAUGAUCUCGGACAGGGAUGGGAGUUGGUUUUUGGAAAAGGAAAGAGGAGGAAUUUGUCCAAGCGUCGGGACUGUGAAAUCACGCCGCAUAGUCAAAAAGUAGCCCACCUCCAGCGGAGAGUAAUAUUAAACGACGCCAGAUAACACCCAGAGACCUCGCUGUUUAAAUAGUUGUUUCUGGUAUUUCAACUUUUUUGUUACUACUGUACUGUAGGCCUGUGUUGUAGGCUUCAUUUCGGGGACACAAUGGAGGUUCGUCGCGGUCUGUGGUGUCCGCUUGUUUCCGUUUUAGUUUACUGUUUGGGGUGUUAUUCCUUCAAUUUGGACGCCGACAAUCCGUCUGUGUUUUCCGGUCCGCAGAGAAGCUACUUUGGCUUCUCGGUCGACUUCUUUAAGCCUAA